AUGUUAUCUGUUUGGCUGAGAGUGGUCAUCCCUGGUGAGCUUGUUAUCUGUUGGCUGAGGGUGGUCAUCCCUGGUGAGGCAUGUUAUCUGUUGGCUGAGGUGGUCAUCCCUGGUGAGCAUGUUUAUCUGUUGGCUGAGGUGGUCAUCCCUGGUUUGACUCCACCUCUCUCCCUCCUGUCCUGUUACUGUGUCAGGUUUGACUCCACCCAGGCGGAGCUGUCGAAGGCUGCAGUGCAGAACAAGGAGCUACAGAGGGAGAUGGAGCGGCUGCAGACAGAAUCCACACGGCUGAAGACCCAGCAGCUGAAGGCCGUUAAGGACUGUGAGAAGUACAAGGAGGAGAGGGACUCGGUCUUCAAUGAGUACAGACUCAUCAUGAGUGAGAGGGACCAGGUGAUCACAGAGGUGGACAAGCUCCAGACAGGGCUGGAGGUGGCUGAGGCCAAACUGAAGAACACCUCGUCAGAGAAGAGGAUGACCAGCGAAGAGUUGGAGGCACUACGUCAGGAGCUUGGCUCGGCGCUGAUCGACCGAGACAGAGCUAUCUGUGAGAAGAACGAGCUGCUGGAGAAGUGCUGCCACGAGGUGAAGGACAAGGCUGAGGCCCAGAAGGAGUUGAGCCAGGCCUGUAAAGACAUCCAGACGGUCCGGGAGGAGAGAGACGUGGCCCGCAAGGAGAGGACAGAGGCCAUCAUACAGAGAGACCAGCUUCUGAGAGAAUACUACCAGACUAGACAGAAACAAGACUCGACAACCCUGGACAUGGAGCGGGCCAACAAGGAGAUAGAGGUGCUGAGGAAGCAGUACGAAGCCAUGUCUCAGGAGCUGAAGGAGGCGACACAGGAAGCAGAGGUGGCCAAGUGUCGACGCGACUGGGCCUUUCAGGAGAGAGACAAGAUAGUGGCAGAGAGAGAGAGUAUUCGAACGUUAUGCGACAACCUGAGGAGGGAGAGGGACCGAGCGGUGAGCGACCUGGCAGAUGCCUUGAGAAACCUAGAUGAUACCAGGAAACAGAAAAACGACGCGUCACGAGAACUUAAGGAGCUCAAAGAAAGGAUUGAAGACCAGUUGGAAAAGGAGGCCAGUUUUCGUCAGCUGAUGGCUCAUAAUUCACAUGAUUCAGCCAUCGACACAGACUCUUUGGAGUGGGAGACGGAAGUUGUGGAGUUUGAGAAAAACAGAGAGGACAUGGAUUUAAAAGCACUUGGUUUUGACAUUGCCGAGGGGAUAAAUGAGCCAUAUUUACCAGGAGACUGUGGGAUAUUUGUGAGUAAGGUGGACAGAGGAGGUAUUGCUGAAGGAAGGUUAAGAGUGAAUGAUUGGCUGUUGAAGAUAAACAAUGUGGACCUGACCAAUAAGGACAGGAAGCAGGUUCUGAAGGCGGUGCUGAGCGGAGAAGGAGUGAUCAAUAUGGUGGUCCGCAGGAGGAAAUCUCUGGGAGGACGCUUAAUCACUCCUAUUGAGAUCAACCUCACAGGAUACAAAGACUCGACAACCCUGGACAUGGAGCGGGCCAACAAGGAGAUAGAGGUGCUGAGGAAGCAGUACGAAGCCAUGUCUCAGGAGCUGAAGGAGGCGACACAGGAAGCAGAGGUGGCCAAGUGUCGACGCGACUGGGCCUUUCAGGAGAGAGACAAGAUAGUGGCAGAGAGAGAGAGUAUUCGAACGUUAUGCGACAACCUGAGGAGGGAGAGGGACCGAGCGGUGAGCGACCUGGCAGAUGCCUUGAGAAACCUAGAUGAUACCAGGAAACAGAAAAACGACGCGUCACGAGAACUUAAGGAGCUCAAAGUGAAUGAUUGGCUGUUGAAGAUAAACAAUGUGGACCUGACCAAUAAGGACAGGAAGCAGGUUCUGAAGGCGGUGCUGAGCGGAGAAGGAGUGAUCAAUAUGGUGGUCCGCAGGAGGAAAUCUCUGGGAGGACGCUUAAUCACUCCUAUUGAGAUCAACCUCACAGGAUACAAAGCCAGUGGUAUAGGGCUGGAGUGUGGGGUGUUUGUAGCUGGGGUCACUCCGGGCUCACCAGCAACCAAGGAGGGUUCACUCACAGUCGGAGAUAGACUCAUCGCUAUAAAUGGAAUUGCACUAGAUAACAAGUCACUGUCUGAGUGUGAAGCUUUACUGCGGAGUUGCAGAGAUGCUCUCAGCGUCUCUCUCAUCAAGAGUUGCUCCGGCCAGAGUCUCUUUGAAAACCUGCGAGACGCCUCAGAGAAGACCUCCAACUGCCGCUCGCUCCACUCUUGGCACUCCCGGAACUCCAAGAACAACAACAGCUCUACCCAGACAGACAUGUUCUGCCCUGAUAUUGGCUCCAGUGGUGGAGAGAGACACAACCAUCCCAACGAAGACAGGAGUCAUAGUGACAUUGUAGCAGUAGACAACAACAGUAGAGGUGGCUCCGUCUGCCAGCACAAGCCGUUUUCCAGUAGCUCCAUGUACUCCCGCUCUCUGUCCCACAGGGGGAGCUGUCUGCAGCACAGCCCAGUUAGUUCAGGGCCACUGGGGUCAUCAGAGCCCCACCAGGACUACUGCUACAGGAGAGGGGAGUCACACAGCAGGCGACCUCUCACCUUCACCCCUGUGGCCUCCGACUGUAUUACCCUGCAGAGAGACAGAGGAGGAGACAGAGGAGGAGAGGAAGGACACACCACUACUCCAGAGAGAGAGAAGCCGAGCGGAGGCACCUGGCCUAAAGUCUUGGUGGGCGCGUCCAUCCUCGAGUGUGCCCAGCUCUCCAUCUAUAAGAAGCCCAAUCAGAGGAAGUCCAUCUUCGACGCAGACACCUUCAAACGGCCCGAGGCGUCCUCCAAACUGGACAACCUCUCCUUGUCCCAGCUAUCAAAACACUCCCCGCAGGACUCUCAGUCUGAGGUGGAGCCAGGGGUGGGGCCAGGGGUGGGGAUAGGGCAGACCCCUCCCACCCCGCCUCAGAGGAGCGAUUCGUUCAGGUUCAAACACCGCCAGCAGACCAGCUCUGCCUCGGACUCCACCAUCACCACAGGGACAGGCACCCCUCCAACCACCCCGGGCCAGGCCCCAGGUGGCCUACCCCUGGUGGGCAAACAACAGGACAGGGGGGGGCUGGAGGGUCGAGACAGAGACAGAGGCAGAGAGAGAGAUAGAGAUAGGGAAAGGGACAGAAAGAGGGACCGAGACAAAGAAAAUCGAGACAGAGACGGGGACAGUGAGAAGCAAAAUUUCUACAUAGACCCUCUUGGAGAGGGGAUGCAGCCAAUCAUCAGCUCCAGGAAGUCAUGUGAUGAGGAUGUAAGCAGGCAGAGGGGGGAGGAGCUGGACAGGGACAGGAGAAGGUACCGUCCCAAAUCAGCCCCUGCGUUACGCCGGAACAUGACCCCUCUACACAUCCACAUCCCUAUCCAGAGUUUCUCUAAUGACGAGGCGUCUCCAGAGCCGGUGGACUUGGUGCGUUUCUCUCCCAUGCGCUCUCAUCGUUACAGCAUGCCUUUGGUACCACCAGGAUACAGCAGCACCAUGACUGCACAGCCCGGACACAGAGGUCUAGCCCCGUGUCCUGCUGUCACCGCUGUGAUGAGGAACCCAGUCUAUACCGCCUGGAGCCAUGACGUUCACACAAACCACAACUGUCCUCCUGCACCCACCUCAGGCAACCACUCACACUCUCACCCCAGUCCCCAGCACCAAGGUCGUCUGAGCCUGGAUUUGAGCCACAAGCGGUCUGGUGACUUAACGUCAGAUUCAUCGCCCUGUAGCCAGACACCACACAGCACCAACUCCCUGCCCACCAGUACCAGACUGGGUUCCUCUGGUAAUUUACAUUUCCGGCACGAGCGUAUUAAAAUCCCCCCUACUCGAUACCCACGGUCUGUUGCAGGGUCUGAUAGAGGGUCCUUGUCCCACUCAGAGUGCAGCUCCCUGUCCCACUCCACUCCUCCCAUGUCCCCCACCAAUCUAGAGACAGCGUCCUUUGCCAGCAGCCAAUCACAGAGCUCUAUCUCCACCAGCGCCACCCAGCCCAGGAUAUCAGUCAGCCCUGCUUUAAUAGGGGACCGACGGAAGGACAGGCCCUAUCUGGAGGAGCCCCGUAACGUGACGGUACAGAAGGGGGCAGAACCGCUGGGCAUCUCCAUAGUGAGUGGGGAGAAUGGGGGUGUGUUCGUGUCCAAGGUGACGGCAGGAAGCAUUGCACACCAAGCGCGGCUGGAGUACGGGGACCAACUGCUGGAGUUUAAUGGGAUCAACUUGCGGAACGCCAACGAGCAGCAGGCGAGGCUUGUGAUUGGUCAGCAGUGUGACACCAUCACCAUCCUGGCUCAGUACAACCCACACAUGUUCCAGCUGGGAAACCACUCUCGCUCCAGUUCUCGUAUGGAGUCCAUCAGUGGUCAGCCAACCCCCCAGCUCAGCGGAGCCACCACUCCAGACAAUCACUCCGUCAUCGACACCUUGAGUGAGCAAGACGAAGGGACCAUGACACCACCUUCUAAACAGACCACCCCAGCCACCAGCCCUCACAGCUCCUUCAGGUUAUCUUCUCCAGGUGCAGGCUCUCGCAGGGCCCCAGAGGUAAGGCUGGUGCGGCUGAAGAAGCCCCAGGGAGAGCUGGGGGUGCAGCUCUGUGGAGGGAACCUGUAUGGUAUAUAUGUAGAGAGUCUGGAGGAUGACAGCCCUGCCAAGUGUCCCGACGGACUGGUGCCUGGAGACCAAAUACUGGAGUACAAUGGUGUCAACAUGAAGAAUAAGACUGCGGAAGAGGCUUACCUGGAGAUGUUGAAACCGGCUGAAACGGUCAUGUUUAAAGUUCAACAUCGUCUGGAUGAGCUCGCCAUGCUCAAAGACUCACCAGGAGAUGGUUUUUAUAUCAGAGCACUUUAUGAGCGAGUAGCAGAGAUGGAGCUGGAGCUGAGUUUCAAGAAGGAUGACAUCCUGUACAUUGAAGACACGCUACCAAAGGGCAACUUUGGCUUCUGGAUGGCGUGGCAGUUAGAUGAGAGCGCACGCAAGCUGGCACGAGGGCAGGUCCCCAGCAAAUACAUAAUGGACCAGGAGUUCUACAGGAGACACAGCAUGCCUGAUAUGAAGGAUGAGAGCGGUACCUCCAGUAAGACCCUCUCGGCUGCCGCUCGCAGGUCCUUCUUCCGCAGAAAACAGAAACACAAACGCUCUGGGUCUAAAGACGGGAAGGACCUAGUGGACGCCAUCAGCACUGACUCACUGCCCAUCAUGGAGGAUGGUGUGAGCCUGGCCUACCAGAGGGUCCAGAAGGUAGAGUGUUCCAGCCCCAGACCAGUGCUGGUUCUGGGGCCCCUAGUGGAGGCUAACAAGGACAUGCUGGUGAAGGAGGCCCCUGGGAGGUUCUGUCGGUGCCUACCUGAGGUGAUGAAGGCAUCUCAGCAGGCGAUAGAACGAGGGGUGAAGGACUGCGUCUUCAUCGACUUCAAACGAAGGAGCGGCCAUUUUGAUGUCACAACUGUUGCUUCCAUCAAGGAAAUCACAGAGAAGGAUUGUCACUGUUUACUUGACAUUGCACCCCACGCCAUCGAACGGCUUCACAGCGUUCACAUCUACCCAAUCGUCAUUUUCAUUCGCUACAAAAAUGCAAAGCAGAUAAAAGAACAGAAGGAUCCUCUAUACUUGCGGGAUAAAGUCUCACAGAAACAUUCCAAGGAGCAGUUUGAGAUGGCACAGAAAACGGAACAGGAGUACAGCAAGGUCUUUACAGGUAUUGUCCAAGGAGGAAGCCUGUCCUACAUUUGCACUCAGAUCAUGACUAUAGUGGACCAAGAACAAAGUAAAGUCAUAUGGAUUCCUGACGGAGCUUUCUAGAAGGUUUCUAGGUGCUUCUAUCUAUGUAACACUUCAACCCUUAACAAGGAAGGUUGGGUAUGAUACACUUAUCCACAGCUAAAUGUUAAAAACUAGUCAACAAUAUCACAUCACUGUUGUUAUAAUAAUCAACUGUGAGGAUGCAUCCCAAAUAGCACCCUAUUCCCUAUGUAGUGCACUAUAUAUAGGGAAUAGGGUGCUAUU